ACUUUAUUAUAUGUUCAAAUGCUUAAUUGAAAGAUGACAUAAUUCGAUUAUCUAAAUAAAAUUUACUCAAAAGGGGCCGUGCUACCAGUGUAUUCAACCAAAAAAGAAUGUCGUAGACAAGGAAAGAUAGAAACUACCAAUACUUGCAUGCCCACUAUAUAUGUUAGUGGAGAAUGGAGUGCAGGUAUGAAAGAGAACAGACCACUAUGCUGAAUAGUCCCCAAAAGGAAAGGAAAUAAAAAGCAUAUAUAGGAAACAAAAAGAUACCAAAACAACACAAAAGUAUUGAGAACCUUUGGCAAAAAGUAUAGUUGAUGCUAGGAUAAUUAGUGUCAAUACUCCAUUGCUAUUCAACCCUCACAUUUCACAAAUUAAGUUGGUGUUGCAAAAGAAGACAACCAACCUAGAAAGGAAGAGUUAAAAAAUAGAAAGAGGAGAACAAGUGGAAGGGGCACAUAAAGCCAUCAAAGUAAAGGAUAAACAACUACUUCUUCAACAAUCAUAUCAAGCUAUGCAGUCACAAAGCAGCACAGAUGCAUAUAAUAUGUAUGGAGCUGGAAAUAUGUCAGGAUUAAUAUUCCAAGAGAACUCUCCAUGGAGUCUCCCCCAAAGCUUCAAUACACUUGAUGAUCCAUUUCUUUUUCCACCAUCACAUUAUGGAGGUUUAUUCAACAGAAUUAGACCACCAAGUACUCUACAAUUUCCAUGUUCAUCAACACCUUUUGGCCUCCAAGAUGAGGUGCAGAAAAUGAGUGCACAAGAAAUAAUGGAUGCAAAGGCACUUGCUGCCUCCAAAAGCCACAGUGAAGCUGAAAGGAGACGUAGAGAAAGAAUCAAUAAUCAUCUUGCUAAACUCCGUAGCCUUCUUCCCAGCACUACAAAAACAGAUAAAGCAUCACUACUAGCUGAGGUGAUACAACAUGUGAAGGAGCUCAAGAGACAAACCUCACAAAUAUCCGAGACAAAUCCAGUAAUCCCAACUGAGAUAAACGAGUUAACAGUUGAGUAUUAUAAUGCAUCUGAUGAAGAAGGAAAUUUUGUGAUUAAAGCUUCAUUGUGCUGUGAAGAUAGGCCUGAUCUUUUACCUGACCUAAUCAAGACCUUGAAAUCUCUAAGGUUAAAAACACUAAAGGCUGAAAUAACUACACUUGGUGGACGAGUGAAAAAUGUAUUGUUCAUGACUAGAGAUCAAGAAGACACGUGGACGAAUGAUAAUGAGGAUGAUCAAUUGCAAUAUACUCUAAGUUCAAUUCAAGAAGCACUUAAAGCAGUGAUGGAGAGAUCUAGUGGGAUUGAUUCUGGUUCAGGCAAUGUUAAGAGACAAAGAACUAGUAAUAACAUUAACAUAUUUGAAAAUAGAUCUCUCUAGGGGGAUAUAUACUUUGUAGUUUUUGACUUGGUAUGUAGUCUAAUUUCCCUUUUUUUUUUU